CGACGAUGGGCGCGUAAGACGCGUGCCUGCGCGUCGCGAACAACAAUGGAGUCAAUCAAAGGCCCGGCCCCCUCGAACGUCAGAUUUGACGGUUCGUCUCUGCGCAUCGCCAUCGUGCACUCUCGUUGGAACAAGAGUGUCAUCGAUGCUCUCCUCGCUGGUACCAUCGCGAAGCUCAAGGAGCAGGGCGUGAAGGACAGCAAUAUUGUUGUUCAGUCUGUUCCUGGUAGCUUUGAACUACCACUCGCUUGCUCAAAGGUUAUUGCAUGCUCUCAUGUCCAGGCCGGUGCGACCGCGACCGACCUCCUUGGCGGACUCGCGUCCUUCGCCUCACCCCGCCCAUCCUCUCGCGCGUCAACUCCCGCACCCGCAGCUUCAUCUAUGUCAAGUCAGCCUUUCGACGCCGUGAUCGCCAUCGGCGUGCUCAUCAAAGGCUCCACGAUGCAUUUCGAGUACAUCUGCGAUAGCGUCUCGCACGCACUCAUGCGCGUCCAGCUUGACACGGGAGUGCCUGUCAUCUUCGGUGUCCUCACGGCGCUGAACGACGACCAGGCGUUGGAUCGAGCGGGCAUCGGGCGAGGGGCGAACAAGGGCCAUAACCAUGGCGAGGAUUGGGCGAUUGCUGCUGUGGAGAUGGCAUCGCACACCAGGAGGUGGGCAGCGGGCAAAUUUUGAUUACAUUCAUGAACUGGGGGAUGCGUGAUAUGUUGAAGAAGAACUGGGGAUUGUACGAAACAUGGACGUCUGGACGGCAGAACCCACACGGCGCACGCUAAUUGGUGGCUCUGCGAUAUCGUCGUGUUGUACUCACGGACAUCCAUUGUAUUUCGU